AUGGGGUUAGAUGAUAUUAUGGUAGUUCAGGUCAAGGAGCUUAGGAAAAAGCGUGGCAUCAUUAAGGCGUCUCUUACGCGUAUGAAAAACUUUGUUGAAGGAUUUGAUCCAACAGUUGACGCUAUAUCACUAUUGGAAUUUCGCCAAGAAGAGUUGCCGCGUUUACACCAAAAAUUUGACGACAUACAGACACAAUUGGAAUUGAUUGUGGUCGAUGAUCUCGAUAAGGAAGAAGAGGAGCGGAAUAGGUUCGAAUUCGAUUAUUUUAAUAUUCGUUCUAACAUUCAAGAAAUAGUAAAUGCAAAGAAGAGUGUCAACAGCAGCUGUCACAACUCAACCUUCAAUAAUAUGUCAACGGGUCACAGCCGUGCCCAAUUGCCAAUUAUUACGCUACCAACAUUUGGCGGCGAUAUCCAAGAUUGGGAGCCAUUUUUCGAUUGUUUCCGAGCUAUGAUACAUGAUGAUGGUGGAUUUUCACCCGCACAAAAAUUCUACUAUCUCCGAUCAAGUAUUAGUGGUCCAGCGUUAGACCUAAUCAAGUCGAUUCCAAUGACAGAUGCUAAUUAUGAAGUGGCCAUAGAACGCCUGAAACAACGAUAUGACAAUCGCAGUCUUGUCAUUCAAUCGCACAUUCGGUCUCUUCUGGAAUCACCGUAUGUAGAGCAGCCGACAGCUAAAGAACUUCAAGCAUUACAUGCCCAUGUCAGUGCUCAUGUUGCAGCACUAAGAGUUCUGAAUCAGCCUACGGAACAUUGGGAUGCGUGGUUGGUCACGAUAAUCGUAAGCCGCUUAGAUGCUGCUACCAGCCAUGGCUGGCAAUUAAGACAACAAAACACCCAACUCCCUAAGUAUUGUGACUUAGAGAAAUUCUUAUCCAGUCGGUGUGUAGCCUUUGAAUCUUCAGAAGCAGCGUCCGGGUCAAAAGGAGAUAUUAAGGCAAAUUCGAGUAGUGAAACAACAAAGAGAAGUAGUGUCAAACAUUCGUCAACUGAACCAAGGCGAGCUCUUGUAGCAGCUGCUGAUAUAGUAUCCUGUCAUUACUGCACUAAGCCACAUAAACUAUUUAAUUGUGGAGAGUUCAAGGCAGUACCUAUAAAUACACGCCUCUCAUUUGUCCAGGGAAAGGGUAUAUGUUUCAAUUGUUUGUCCACUGGGCAUAUGGCGAAUGAAAGAACUGAAGAGAAAAAGGAGCUCCAAGGGCAACAGUCAGAUAAGGGUCAGAUACCAUCUACGUCUGGAAUCCUAGUAUCUGCACCGGUACCAGCAGAAACCGCCAUGAAAAAUGCACACGUAUUCCUUGCGACAGCUUUAAUUACGGUUCGAGACAAAAAUGGUGUUCGUCACCAGUGCAGGGCCAUCUUGGAUAGCGGCUCCCAGGUUAACUUUGUUUCGAGGAAAUAUGCAAACUUACUGCAGUUAACAUGUAAGAGGUCUUCAUUGCCAAAAAGUGGUAUUGGAGAUAAUCGUUUAAGAGCAAGGUCGUGUAGUGAGUUGAAAAUUGAAUCAAGAACUAGUGCAUUCAGUAUUAUGAUUUCCUGUUAUGUAUUGCCUAAUAUCGUAGGAGAACUAGCUUCUUGUCCAGAACCAACAGAUGGCUGGGGUAUACCAGGAUUUGUGUUUCCAUGUCUAGCUGAUCCGGACUUCCACCACCCGCAAGGUAUUGAUUUACUGAUUGGAGGUGGCUCGUUCUUUGAUGUUUUGGGAACAAGGAAAAUACCAUUAAAUAUAGGUUCAGUUACCCUAUAUGAGAGCAAUUUCGGAUGGCUAGUGACGGGAGAACUUUCUAACCAACAUGCACCAACACUUCUUUCAAUGGGCCAAACGAUAGAGGAAGAGUGGAAGGUUCUCAGUACCAUUGAGGAUACAAGCUACGGCCGGACAUCGAGGGCGAAUAAGAGAAGUCAAGAAGAGCAGGAAACAGUCCAACAUUUUAAGCAAUAG